UUUAUUUAAUAUACAUAAGCGUAUUGUGUUCUUCGUAUUAUUACAGUUUUUGUAUUACCGAUAUUUUUUUUUGCACAUAAUUCGGAACAGAACCACAUUUUGUGCAUGUUAUCUAUUAAGAAAUUUUUUAUCUACGUAGUUCAAUGUUCACGUUUUACGGACAUAGAGGCGCUUUAACUUUAAAUGGGUUCCACGUAGCAUAAAUCGAGGACAUGUGACCGUUUCGCAGGUUCUCUCUGCUUCUAUGUACUUUGAAUAUUAUCUUUAAUAUUUAGCUAUAUGUAAAGUAAGCAACACUGAAGAUUUUGAAGGUUCCUUAAAUGAAGAUUAUUUAAAAAUGAAUAAAAGAAAAAGCAAUGUCCCACAUUACGUUAACGUUAAACGUAAAAGAACAUUAUCCUCAAAUAGACAAUGUUCGAAGCCGAAAUCAUCAACAACAGUUCCAAUUGAUGAAUAUAAUUCUACAGUAAAUUUGUGUUCAUCUAGAUGUCAAAUAAGAAAGACAGGCUGUACUACAGCAAAAAUCUCAAAAUAUCAUAUACUAGAGAGUGGAAAUACGGGACAAGAAAUAUGUUAUAACAUACUGAAUACAGAUAUUGGGCUUAAUGGAUAUUACAAAAACAUUAAUUACAAAAACACUUUUUACAAAAACAAUUUUAAUAUUGUUAUAUCGAUCUUGUCACCUAUCUUGGAAAAAUUCAGAAUUCAGCACAACAGAUUUAAUUAUCACGAGGAAUUGAAAUAUAUAAUAGCAAGAGAUAGCAAAAAGUAUGCACAUAAAAACAAAUAUAAGAAUCAAAUUCAUCGACGUUCAUUAAAAUCUUUCUUUUAUUCACUAUUAUAUAAAACUGUUCCUCCACAAUUAUUUGGAACAUCACAAAAUUUUAAAGUUAUAAAAAGAACAGUAGGUCGUCUUUUGAGAACUGUUCCAGAAAAUAAAUUAAUAACAAAAGCUUUUAAAAGAACUAUACGAAGAAAAAAUGUUAUUAGGGCAUCGUUAGAUAUGCAACCAUUGUUCAACAAGUUUGAUAUUUUCAAAAUUGAGUGGUUGCAUUUAAUUGAUAAUAAUACAGUACGAUGGAUAAUUGUAUUAAAACUAUUAUUUUGGUUCUUUGCACAAUAUAUAAUAAAAAUUUUACAUAAACAUGUAGUAUUGACAUCAGUUAAAAAUCAAUGGGUUUACAUUGCAAAAGAUGAUUGGUGCAAAAUGCAAGAAGAAUUUAUAAAAGAAAAAGUAAGUUCAUGUGGUCUUGUGCCUUGGACACGCAUGCAAAUAGAUGAGAAGAAAUUUAAUAUACCUAUUGGGACAUACAAAUUUCUUCCAAGUUCCUCUGGUUUGAGAGCUUUAUUAAUAGCAAAAUAUAAUAUUAAAGAGAGAUAUGAUGAAGUUGAUGUUAGUUUGAGAUUUCUGCAGCAGUUAUAUGUCACAUACUGUAAUAAAAAUGGAAAAUUUCCAACUGUAAAAAGCUGCAUAGAGGAGGUGAAUAAAUUUAAACGUUCAACCAAAAAUCAAUUAUAUUAUGUACGUUGUGAUAUACAAGAUGCAUUUGGUUCAAUAAUACAAGAAAAAUUAUAUAAGCUUAUUAUUACAUACUGUAGACAGUUAGGAAAAAGAUAUAUUGUAUUAAGAACAUAUACCAUGUCAAAAAAUAGAAGAAAAAUACAAACAGUGCAAUUUUUACGUUAUUAUCUGAAGCCAAUAUUAGAAAAAAAAGCUGUUAUGAAUAGGGAUAAGAAACCUGUCUUAGUUAAAAUGACGAAGUUAACGAAUAUAAUAAACAAAUUAAUAUUUAAACAGAAGGUUGAAAUAGAUAGUCAAGUAUAUUUAAUAAAGCAUGGUGUACCACAAGGUAUGCGGAUAUCACCAAUAUUUUCUGAAAUAUAUUACCAAGACAUGAUCAAUAAAAUAUUCUCUGCAUAUGAAAAUAAUGGACUUCUAUGCAGAUAUGUUGAUGAUAUUUUAUAUAUCACAGAAAAUGAACAUUAUGCAACAGAGUUUCUGAAAAUUAUUAGAAAUGGCAUACCCGAAUAUAACGUAAAAUUUAAUCCAAGUAAAAUACAAUCAAACAUAGAAUCGUCAUGCAAUCCUAUAAAAAUAAGAUUUUUAGGAUGGAAUAUAAAAUUAUAAAACCAGUUUUCCCCUUUUCUAUGUGAUAUAUUAAGACCAUGAUUAUUAAUGCACAACUUUCCCUUGGAUAAAAUAUUUUUGUUUUGUAUAA